AUGCGCAGUCUCAACCUAGUAUUUCUGGCUGGCGUUCAGCUUAGUACAGCUCGAUCACCUACUUUCAGCAUUCAUGAUGAUUUGCUUGCAUACCCCCAGUUUGAAGUUGUUUUUGCCAACGACUUCAUAUCUGAAAAUGAUGCGCAAGCUCUGCUAGGUAUCAACAGUCAACAUCCUGUCAAUUCGGCUGCAACCCCGCCAACAAGUGGUAGCAAUGAUCGCACCAGCACCACAGCGUACGCUGCCACCCCAAGUUCCGACAACCCGGAUGAAAUCACGAGCUACUCCUACGAGAUUUUAAACAUGGCGCCUCAUCGCUACUUGUGUUCAAUACCCGUGGUGAAACCGCCUGGGCCGGUAAACGAAACUGCCAACGCACUGGCCAAAGCCGAGGAAGAACGAGAGUAUCGACGAGCAGCUACAAAAGGUUGGGAACUGAUAAAUGAACUGGAAGAUGGUUGCUUGUACUAUGUGUCUGGGUGGUGGAGCUACAGUUUCUGCAACAAUCGUGAAAUUGUACAAUACCACGCCAUAUCGGCGUCAAACAAUGGGCAGGUUCCCAGGCGAGACCCCAACGGCCAAGAGUACGUUUUGGGAAGGGUGCCAACCCUUCCUGCAACAACGGGAGAUCGUAAGCAACGACGACAGCAACGCGGCGCCAACGAUCCCCCACGCCCUCCGGCCGAACUACAAAUAAAGGGUGACCAGCGAUAUCUUGUACAGAGGCUCGAAGGCGGCACGAUUUGCGACUUGACGGGUAAGGACCGCAAAAUUGAAGUUCAAUACCAAUGCGUACCGGGCAUUCAAGCGGACAAGAUCGGAUGGAUUAAGGAGGUGGUCACUUGCUCCUAUGUCAUGAUGAUCAACACGCCCCGGCUGUGCAGUGAUGUCGCCUUUCAACCGCCUGUAGAAAGGUCGGCAAACCCUAUCAACUGCAAACUGAUUUCUCAAAGCGACCCAUCCACGCCACUUUUGGAUCAGCACGCAACACCCCCAACGGCUGGCAGCGAAGGCGUCAAAGAGAGUGUUCAGACAGACAACGACAAAGUUGAGACGGACGAGAAGAAGGAUUCUUCGCAAGUCACUAUUGGAGGUGUUCUGGUUGGAGGCAAGCGAGUUCUUUCUGCAGGAGAUGACAAUGGAAAGCCCCUGAAGCUCCAAGCCAGCCAUUUGUUUGCACCUAAGCCAAAGAUUUUGCAGGUAAUUGCCGAAGCGGCCAGCAAAGAAAAGGGCGGGAAAAUCAAGGGCCUGUCGGAAGAAGAGCUUGAGAAGCUAAAUGUCGAUCCGAAGGCUGUUGAAGAAAUGCGCCAAAAACUCAAAAAGCUUGCUGGUGAAAAGGGUUGGAAAAUGCAGUUAUUUCAGAUGAACGAAGACGACGAAAAGGAGCUGUUUGGGUACGUGGAUGAUCCGGAUGGCGAGAAGAAGGACGGUCAAAAGGAUUCCGGUGACAAAACGGGGGAUACACGUAAAGCAAAGGGUGACAAGGAUGCCAUAGCAGACAAAGGCGCCAGUGGAGGCAAAGAUACGGUGAAGGAGAGGAAAGGUGCGCAUUCUAAGGAGAAGAAGAAGCAGGACGACGGAUCAGGAAGCGAGGAGAAGUUUUUUAACCGUGACGAAUUGUAA